AUGGUCAUCGACGAGGCCCAGAUCCUGAGCGACAAGAGCCCCACGUCGUUCGCGUCAUCAUCCACACAAGGCAACCUACGACCAAUCUCCUUGCUUUGCAGUGCGUUGAACGGUAUUUGGUUUGUUGGCAAGGCGACACUGGAGUGUUUGGAUGCAAAAGAGAUCCAUAGGGCCAUGGGCAAGGAGCACCGUAUACCAGAUUACCCGGAAAUUAGAGCAUUAACGCCCCAAGUUGAGGAGAUUCUCCAGUUUGGAACUGAACAGGAGGUUGCGGAGGCGAUUGAUGAGCUGUGUACUGCAGACAUACCAUGGACAGUCAGAAGGGCGCUUAAAGUUUGGAGGCAGCUGUAA